GGAUUCUAUCUUAGUCAAAUACUUGUAUUGUUGAAUACUAAUAAUCCUUUUUUAACUUGGGUUGGAUCCACAGCUCAAUACAAAUCAUGUAUUAUGAAAUGUCAAGACUGGCUUCCAAUUUUAAAUUCUGACGGCUAA